AUGGUGGAAACCUCCUUGUCGUCAGCGACGGCGGCGCCAAGAGGUUUUCACCAGCACACCAGCCAUUACAACAUCAACCGCCGCACCAACAAGGCAAAGAUGAGGAUCGAAGAGCCCGCGUCCCGAAGGGACAAACACCAACAUGGCCUUGGUCGGGCCGGGCGAUGUCCUCGGUGGCGGCAUCGUCCCAGCGGUAGCAGAGGCGCCACGCUCCCGGCAACAGGAGGAGGCGCGGUUUGGUUUGCCUGGCCGACGGCAGGGGCGACGGCGGCGGCGGUACUCGUGACUACACUCUUGUCGUGCCUCUGUCCCGCGGCGAUCGGGCUCGUCAUCGAGGAGCCCUUUCAGGCGACCUUCGACCAUGUCGCGGCGGCGUUUGGGCCGGACGUGCUUAGCGCGGAGCCCCCGGUGGAGUCGCGGCCGCUCGUCCGGGCUAAGCCCAGGGAUGGCUGCGUGCCGCUCCACAAUGCCAUGGACGAGGGAGCGAUCGCGCUGGUGGAGAGGGGAACGUGCAACUUCACCCAGAAGGUGUUGCACGCUCAACUGGCGGGAGCCUCCGCGGUCGUGGUGACGGACACGCCAGCGACAGACAAGUGGUUGAUGGUCAUGUAUGGCGAUCCGGAGAACACCCAGGGCAUCGAUAUCCCGGCGGUGCUAGUUUCGCAUGCGACCGGAGAACGCCUCUGGAGCAAUCGCUCCUGGUUACCGGGCCGCCAAGGCCGGUUGCGGGCUAGCGUCGGCGCCGCGGGGCACAUCGUGAUGGCGGCUAGGCCCGUGGGGGCUCUUGAGAUGCUCGGCAUCUACCUGCUGCUGUCUGUGCUCCUGCUGGCAUUUUCCGGCGUGUGUGGGUUGGUGUUUGCCCUGGGGUUUACGUGGUACCAACGGGGCUACCGCACGAGGGCGAUGCGAAAGCUCAAGUCGUUUACGUUCCGUAGACGACCCCCUCCUCCUACCCUUGGGAACCAAUCCGACCCCGCCGGCACUAGCAGCAGCAACAGCGGUAGGGCGAGCGGAACAGUGGACGCGACCACUGGGCAAGCAAGCUCUCUCGGAAACGGCACCGGUUCCGCCGCCAGCGAGGACAACAGCAGCAGCAACGACAACGGUUUCAUGAGAAGGGAGGACGACGACCUGUGCGCGAUCUGCCUCGAGACCUACGAGGACGGGGACAGCCUGACCGGCCUCCCCUGCCGCCACUCGUUCCACACGCAGUGCAUCCGGCCGUGGCUGUCCGGCAAAAGCGCGCUCUGCCCCAUGUGCAAGAGCGAGGCUUUCGGCAAGGGGGGGCUGUUCCUGGCGACGGCGCCGAGGCUGGAGGCGGCGUUCGCCGAGCUCGCGGCGCUGUGCACGGAGAACCUGGCUGUGUUGGGGCUGUUUUUCUUGGCCAGCGUCGCCUGCGGGGUGAUCGCCGCCAAGCUGUCGCUUCGCGAGUGACUGUUUCGUUUGCUUUGCUGGCCUGCUUGCUGCUUGUCUUUUUUUGCGGGUCUGGUAAAUCGUGGGUUGCGGUUUCAUGCUCUCGUACAUAUGCAGCACCGGUAUGCAAGCGGGACGCACGAACGAGGCGCCUCCCGGGUCCUCACCCGACCAGAGGGCACGCACGCAAGCGCAGCACAACGUCCUGUUCCCGUCGACGGGGCGAGUACAAGGGUGCGCCAGCAAGUUUUGUUUUGUUGGGUACUGGUUGUGUUUUGUGCGAAGAAUUAGGUCUGUUUAGCACGGUGUAUUGUUGCCCCCUCCCGUGGUUUCAACACAUUUUUUUUCUUUUCCGCUUGAUGCUUGUGUAUGUUUCCCUUGUUAGCAUCGACCGACUGACCAAUGAAAAGACGUCAGUCUCAGUGCGGCUGAAAACAGUAUGUGUGUCUGAGUCGAGCGAAGCUGGGUUGUACAUCGUUUUUUUAUCCCCGCUCUGUCUCUCUGUCUCUUUUCGAUGCUCGGAAACCAAUUCGGGUGCUGAGAAGGAGGUAUGCCUGCUCCUCCUUCUCUCCGAAUGGCAGUGGUGAUGCAAUUUUAAAGGAGCUAGCUUCUUUACGCCCAACACGGACGUUGUUUGUGCGCGGAACCGGGGGUGGUCCAUGUGUGCGAAGAGAUGCCACCAUCUGCGUGUACCGCGGCGUAUGUUUAUAGAAAAUAUCGUAGGUGGCGUGCUUGUUUUUGAGUCUGUGGUUUGGAAGGGGAGGUGCGUGUGUCUGCAAUUGUUGGUUGUUGGAAGGAAGCUCUCCGGUGUCGCAAGCAAGAAGACGGCAUCCCGGAGAUCAGGUUUCUGGUAUUUCUCGCUCGCAGUUAUUUCCGAGGCGCCAAGUUUUGGUCGUCCGCGCUAGGCAAGGGGGUUGUAUUCUGGACAGCGGGUGGGGUCGCACGUUUUUUACGAGGAGGUGGUACGCUGCACCCGACAAGUUGGCAGUAGGGGAGCCGGGGCAACAGUAGUAGGCAAGGUUAUUGUUUUCGUUUCUCUUUAAUGUGUGUCGUGUCACAGGUUGAAGAUGAAGCGUUAUUGCUACUGUGCCGAGGAUGUCCUCCAGAGGGCAUGCUAUCGAGAACAUGAACAAUAACGUGGUUUUAUUAUUCCAUGGCUUGUCGUAUGGUGGCAAAACAAAACGUCAUGAUGACUACGCCAGGAGCCAUAGGAUCGUGACCUGUUUUUGAGCGUUGUCCCCACCAGCGUACAGUGGCCUGGUUGUACCAUAGUGCGCGGGGCGUUGCUGAGCCACGCCGUUGAUGACGUCGUACACGCGGAGAUGUGUGCCAUGUCCCGAUUUCUCUAGCAGGUGCAAUGGGAGAGAUGCAAGCCCGUGGGGCGAUGAAUGACUUUCGUAGCACAUUGUCGAGGGCGCCUCGGGAACUUUUUAUCGCUUGCGUUGUCUUUGCCAGUGUUGUGAUCAUUUCGUUUGGUUGGAAAUUCCAUAGGCGUUGAUUUUCGCCCCCUGAUGAUUAGAUGAUUAGUGGCAUGGCCAGGUCUGUUCGGGGGCGCGGAUGGUAUGCAAGAUACUACGUACUGAAGUAGAUGCUUUAGAUAUGUUUGUCCAGCAGUCUCGAAUACGAAUGUGUGUGUAUAUUAUGGAUUCUGCGCAUCACGCUGGUUCGUGGCUCGUAACAGUUCGGGGCCGCAUAUCUUACGUAUAGUAUGUAGUUGUUCUCCUGUGCAGUACGAAUCGCGUGGUUGUUGGCCUUUGGUCCUGUUUGUGAAAAAACGGAAAAACAACACGGAGAAUGCAUUUUUU